AUGGCUGUCAUGGAUGCAGUGGCAGCUUCUUGGGGUCACAUAAUCGCAACCUACGACCCCUACACCGUCGAUUUCGUCGGCACCUUCAUCGUCCAAGUCAUCUUCUGGUGGAUUCCCUGCGUCCUCUUCAUCCUCCUCGACUCCAUCGCACCAUCCUUCUCCGAGAAACACAAGAUCCAGCCCGCGCCCAAACAACCCACGUCAAGCGAAAUCUUCCACUCCAUGCUCGUCUGCAUCCGCAACCAAGCCAUCGUCUUCGCCCUCCACGGCGCCUUACUCUACGCAAUUUUCGCAAAGGGCCUGCCCCCCAGCAUCAGAGUCGACGCAAAACUUCCCUCUCUAGAAGAAUUCGUACGGGAUCUCUUCCUCAGCGUGCUAGCUCGCGAGGCACUCUUUUACAGCUCCCACAGGAUCCUCCAUCUGCGCCCGCUGUAUAAGCGGUUUCACAAGCAGCACCACAAGUUCACGGCCCCCGUGGCGUUUUCAUCGCAGUACGCCCAUCCGGUGGAGCACAUCGCGGCCAACGUGCUGCCUAUUUUGCUGCCGCCGCUGCUGCUCAAGUCGCAUAUCCUCACCAUGUGGGUGUUUGUGGCCUUUCAGCUCAUUGAGACGUCGACGGUGCAUAGCGGGUAUGAUUUCUUUGGGGGAGCGGCUAGGAAGCAUGACCGGCAUCAUGAGCGGUUUGACGUAUACUUUGGGGGUAUUGGGCUUCUGGAUUAUGUUUUGGGGACUGAUGAACGAGAAGAUAGGAGGAGAGCUAAGAAAGAUUAA